AUGGCGGCCACGGCGGAUCCGAGGGCGAAGGCGUCGGCCACGCAGCCGCGCCACCUCAAGCCGUGGGCGCCGCCGCCGCCUCCGCCUCGUGGCCACCGCGUGCCUUCCCUGCCGGCCGUCUCCGGAACCGCGGCAGGCGCCAGCCGCGAUCGGCGCCGCUCCUCGACGUCCUCCCACCGACGCGGUGGGGCCGACGCCGUACACGAGGAGCCUUACGACGGCAGGCUGGAGGAUCUCCGGGCUAAGCUCAUGGGCCACCUCCACGACGCCGCCGACCGUCUUCGCCUGCCCCCGGCCAAGACCCAGCGACCGCCGGAGCCCGAGGCUCCUCCACCGCUACCACCUCCCGCGGACGCCGCCGCGGCCAUGCCGUGGACCCUACGGGAGCGGAGGCGUCGUCCGUCAGCCCGCGGCAGCACGGCGGCUACGUCUCCGGACGACUACGUGCGCGCUCCGUUCGCUGUGGAGCUGGAGACGGAGGAGAUCGAGGAGGACGUCUACGCCCUGACCGGCGCCCGGCCACGGCGGCGGCCUCGGAAGCGGCCGCGCACCGUGCAGCGGCAGCUCGAUUCGCUGUUCCCGGGGUUGUGGCUCACCGAGAUCACCGCCGACGCAUACCGGGUCGCCGACGGCUAGUAACCCGGCCACUACCCUCCGGCGCCGGCCAGCUCUACCAUUCUACCAGCCAUGCUUCGGGUAACCACAAAACAACUGUAACUAGGUUUAGUUGAGUUGACAGGUUCUGUAGUACAGUACUUCCAUGUCGCAUCUGUUAACAU